AUGGCGGCAGCGACACGUGUAUCCGAUUUUGCUAUUAGGCCAGGCUUCGGCGAAGCUGGAAAAGCUGUCCGCGUUCGCACAAAUUUUUUUGAAGCGACAGCCCUCCCUGAUGCUAAUAUCUUACAUUUUGAUGUAACCAUAACACCCGAUGUACCUCCCGCUUUAAAUAGAAAAGUUUUUGCCACAUUCGAAGAAAAAUUUAGAGCAACUGCUUUGGGCGGAAUACGAACGGUUUUCGAUGGUUGGUUAAUAAUUUUAAAAAAAAUAAUUUUAGCAGAAGCACUUAAUUUUAGCAAUAGACGUGUUCGCAAUAUUAUUUCUAUGAUUGAUAAUAUUUUAACUGGAAAGGAAACGUAUAUCAUUUUUCACGCACUUAUCGUAAACUUUUUUUCUUCCUUGAAAGGGCGAAAAAAUAUGUUUGCCCCACGAACACUACCCUUUGGUGAUGCGUAUACAUUUAAUGAUGAUGAUUCAACGGGAAGACGUCCCCCACGUAGUUUUAAACUAAAAAUUGUCAAGGUCAAUGAAAUCGUAAUGGAAGAACUCCACCAAUUUCUUGAUGGAACCAUAAAUAUAACACCAAAUUGCCUAACAGGAAUAAUGGCAUUAGAUGUGCUUAUACGUCAUCGUCCGUCAAUGAUGAACACAACUGUUGGGCGUUCAUUUUACACGAACCGAGGCUCACGACCCCUUUUCGGGGGUGCUGAAGUUUGGCAAGGAUAUUAUCAAUCUGCUCGUCCAACAUUAGGCCGCAUUAUAAUUAAUAUUGACGUUAGCGCAACCGCAUUCUUUGAAGCAGGGUCGCUGCUUGAAAUGGUUACGAAAAUACUAGGGCGUAGAACGCCUGAAGAUUUUCGUCGAGGAAUAACCGAAAGGGAUUCCCAAAAAAUCGAAAGAUCUUUAAAAGGUGUGAAGAUUCGAGUCAUGCAUCGAGGAGAUGCGGCUUCAAGGCGUAGAUAUCGAAUAAUCGGGUUGACGCGUACGCCUGCGAAUCAGACUAGAUUCUCCGUAAACGAUCAACCAACUGAUGUCGCAGCUUAUUUUAAUUCAGCCUAUCAACGUCGCCUUAACUUUGCGCAUCUUCCGUGUGUGAUUGUAGGCACCAGAAAUACAUUCCUCCCUUUGGAAGUUUGCCAAGUAAUCGAGAUACAAGCUAGAGUGCUCCCUACUCCAUUUCUGGAAUAUCAUCAAAAUUCAAGGGAACCUAGCUUUCAACCAAAAGACGGCGCGUGGAAUUUAAGAGACCGAAAAGUAGCAACUGGGGCUACUCUUGGCUCAUGGUCAGUGGUUGUCUUUUGUUCCGAGAAUGAUUGCCCGGCUAGGACAGUUCAAGGGUUUAUACGAGAACUUAUAAAUACGUGUCAGGACACCGGAAUGAACAUUCCUAAUCGGAACCCGCCCACAAUUUACGCCGGCCUCCAAGGAGAUACCGAAACAGAUCUCAAACAAGCAUGGUUACGAGCCGGAAAUAUGGCCAAAUCGCAGCCGCAACUUAUUGUAUGUGUUUUACCUAAUACUGGCGUAGCAUUAUACGCUGAAAUAAAACGCGUAAGUGACACUGUUAUUGGUGUUGCGACGCAGUGCGUUCAAAGUAAACACGUUUUGUCGACAAAAAAACAAUAUUGUGCGAAUGUGUGCCUUAAAAUGAAUGUGAAGUUAGGUGGCAUGAACUCCUACCUCGGGCCAAAUUAUCUACCAUUCAUUUCGGACAGACCAACAAUAUUAAUUGGUGCAGAUGUGACUCACCCUCCGCCAGGUGACACUUCUCGUCCCUCGAUCACAGCAUUAUGCGGAUCCAUGGACGCCAAGGCUUCUAGAUAUUCGGCUUCAAUCAGAGUCCAAGGGACUCGAACCGAAAUUAUAGUCGACUUGGCCAACAUGGUUAAGGAAUUAUUAAAAACCUUUUACCAAACAUGUGGGCGUAAGCCCGAAAGAAUUAUAUUUUAUAGAGAUGGGGUGAGCGAAGGACAAUUUCGUCAAGUUCUUAAAGAAGAAAUUGGUGCGGUGAGAGCUGCAUGUUUAGCUCUAGAUGCAACCUAUCGACCCACAAUUACUUUCGUUGUAGUCCAAAAACGGCACCACACUCGAUUUUUCCCAAUCGAUCGCCGAGAUGCGGAUAGAACAGGAAAUUGUCUUCCUGGUACGGUGGUUGAUUCAAAUAUUACACAUCCAACAGAAUUUGAUUUUUAUUUACAAAGUCAUGCUGGACUUCAAGGGACAUCACGCCCUACACAUUAUCACGUAUUACAUGACGAAAAUAAUUUUAAUGCGGAUACAAAUCCUGGUGCUUCAUCUUUUCAUAGUAUUUUCGUGAAUGUAUAUAAACAAACUUGUAUCUAUCUAAAUAUCUGA